CCGGGCCCCGCCGCUCGCCCCGCAUCGGCCGCCGCGGGCCCGGCCCGGAUGGCUCUGUGCAACGGGGAUUCCAAGCUGGAGAAUGCUGGAGGAGAUCUCAAGGAUGGCCGCCACCACUAUGAAGGAGCUGUUGUUAUUCUGGACGCUGGUGCCCAGUAUGGGAAAGUCAUAGACCGGAGAGUGAGGGAACUGUUCGUGCAGUCUGAAAUCUUCCCACUGGAAACACCAGCAUUUGCCAUCAAAGAGCAAGGAUUCCGUGCUAUUAUCAUCUCUGGAGGACCUAAUUCUGUGUAUGCAGAAGAUGCUCCCUGGUUUGAUCCAGCAAUAUUCACUAUUGGCAAACCUGUUCUUGGAAUUUGCUAUGGCAUGCAGAUGAUGAAUAAGGUAUUUGGAGGAACUGUGCACAAAAAAAGUGUUAGAGAAGAUGGAGUCUUCAGUAUUACUGUGGAUAACUCAUGCUCAUUAUUCAGGGGCCUUCAGAAGGAAGAAAUCGUUUUACUUACCCACGGAGAUAGUGUAGACAAAGUAGCUGAUGGAUUCAAGAUUGUGGCACGUUCUGGGAACAUUGUGGCAGGAAUAGCAAAUGAAUCUAAAAAAUUAUAUGGAGCCCAGUUCCACCCUGAAGUUGGCCUUACAGAAAAUGGGAAAGUAAUACUGAAGAAUUUCCUCUAUGAUAUCGCUGGGUGUAGUGGAACUUUCACUGUUCAGAACAGAGAACUUGAGUGUAUUCGGGAGAUCAAAGAGAGAGUAGGCACUUCAAAAGUUUUGGUUUUACUCAGUGGUGGUGUAGACUCAACAGUUUGUACAGCUUUGCUGAAUCGUGCUUUGAACCAAGACCAGGUCAUUGCUGUGCACAUUGAUAAUGGCUUUAUGAGAAAACGAGAAAGCCAGUCUGUAGAGGAGGCCCUCAAAAAGCUUGGAAUUCAGGUUAAAGUGAUAAAUGCUGCGCAUUCUUUUUACAAUGGAACAACUACUUUACCAAUAUCAGACGAAGACAGAACUCCACGAAAAAGAAUUAGCAAAACAUUAAAUAUGACCACAAGUCCUGAAGAGAAAAGAAAAAUUAUUGGGGAUACGUUUGUUAAGAUCGCCAAUGAAGUAAUUGGGGAAAUGAACCUGAAACCAGAAGAGGUAUUUCUUGCGCAAGGUACUUUACGGCCUGAUCUCAUUGAAAGUGCAUCCCUUGUUGCAAGUGGCAAAGCUGAACUCAUCAAAACCCACCACAAUGACACAGAGCUUAUCAGAAAGUUAAGAGAAGAGGGAAAAGUAAUAGAACCGCUGAAAGAUUUUCAUAAAGAUGAAGUAAGAAUUUUAGGCAGAGAACUUGGACUUCCAGAAGAGUUAGUUUCUCGACAUCCAUUUCCAGGUCCUGGCCUGGCAAUUCGAGUAAUAUGUGCUGAAGAACCUUAUAUUUGUAAGGACUUUCCUGAAACAAACAAUAUUUUGAAAAUAGUAGCUGAUUUUUCUGCAAGUGUUAAAAAGCCACAUACCCUAUUACAAAGAGUCAAAGCCUGCACAACAGAAGAGGAUCAGGAGAAACUGAUGCAAAUUACAAGUCUGCAUUCACUGAAUGCCUUCCUGCUGCCAAUUAAAACUGUCGGUGUGCAGGGUGACUGUCGUUCCUAUAGUUACGUUUGUGGGAUCUCAAGUAAAGAUGAGCCUGACUGGGACUCUCUUAUUUUCCUGGCUAGGCUUAUACCUCGUAUGUGUCACAACAUUAACAGAGUUGUCUAUAUAUUUGGCCCACCAGUUAAAGAACCUCCUACAGAUGUUACUCCCACUUUUUUGACGACAGGGGUGCUCAGUACUUUACGUCAAGCUGAUUUUGAGGCCCAUAACAUUCUCAGGGAGUCUGGGUAUGCUGGAAAAAUCAGUCAGAUGCCAGUGAUAUUGACACCAUUACAUUUUGAUCGGGACCCACUCCAGAAGCAGCCUUCCUGCCAGAGAUCUGUGGUUAUUCGAACCUUUAUUACCAGUGAUUUCAUGACUGGUAUACCUGCAACACCUGGCAAUGAGAUCCCUGUAGAGGUGGUGUUAAAGAUGGUCACUGAGAUUAAGAAGAUUCCUGGUAUUUCUCGAAUUAUGUAUGACUUAACAUCAAAGCCCCCAGGAACUACUGAGUGGGAAUAAUAAACUACUUGUUCUGUUAAA